AUGAAGUUCUUGAUUUUGGCGUUGACCAUUCUGGUCCUUGGCGUCAAUGGUGCUCCAGUGGACAAUGAGCAGCCAGCCUUGAAGAAAACAAGUUCGAUGGCUCAAUUGGCGCCACCAUUGGAGCUCGACCCAUCCUGCCACAUCAUCAGCUGCUACCGCAAUAUGCUGAAUAUGUCGAACAGCUGCGAGAAGGGCGAAUACCUUCACAGCUUCAAAAAGUGCGAGAAGAAGUUCUUCCGAGAGGAUACUUGCUGUAAGAAGAAGAAGGAUGCCUAG